UUUUAGAAGAACAUUUUUGCAUAGUGAAGGUGCUGGGGCUUUAUUGAUAAGGCCACAUUUGAGCAUGUACAACAGUAGUUACUCUCAGGCCAACUUUGGCUUGGCUGCUAAGAAGAUGCAUAAAUCGAAAGGCAAGAGCUGUGGUUACUACAUGAAGAUUGUCUUCUUUUUCUCCUCACUCAUCCAGUCUCUGAUCAUUGCGAGUCUGGUGCUCUUUCUGGUGUACGGACAGCCCGAGCACACGGUGGAGGAAAAGAGGCUGCAAGAGUUGGACCAAAGUGUAAGCAAACUCACGAUGGAAAAUUUCAUUCUCCGUGGGAAGGAAAAGAACCUCACCAAAGUUCUGAACGUCACUCUCACUGCAAAACUGAGCAAUGACAAAGCUCUGGCUGAAUUACGCAGACUGGCGAACACCUCAUCUAUGGCAAUAAGGAGCAUGCAAGCAACGACGUAUCGAUGUGAGAUGGAAAAAAGAAUGGCUGCACCUCGCGCAUGCCCUCCUACGUUCUGUCCAGAUCCAAAUGACAACAACAGACGUUUGCAAAGUAUGCUCCAGCAGUCAGAAGAAAUGUUAAAGCUAGUUAAAGCUAACUUUACUCAGAUGGUGGCCAUUAUUAAAACUGAGUUGGACAACUCCAACAAAGACAAGGAUGGGUAUCACUUGGAAGCAAUUAGACUAAGGCGAGACAAGGCUUUCCUUGAAGAAGAGCUCAUCUUGUUUCAAGAUAAGUGCAAAAAUGGUUUUGUCAGUUCUUUACAAGGAAUCCCCGAUGUCACUAAAGAAUUCCUCAAAAGGAUCGAUGACCUCUUCUCAAAACACAUUUCUUUCCAACUAACAUGUGAUAAACAAAAAAAUCAGCUUGAAGAUAUUCGGGAAAACUGUAGCAGUCUUUCAAGAGAAGUUGAGAACAAGCUCCAGUCAUAUAUGGACAUAGUGGGGAACCAGUUCACAAAAAUUAAUGGGGAAAAUGCCAAAUAUAUGAUAGAGAACAAACGCCUGAAAGAGGACGCUACUUGGUGCAAUCAGAAUCGCAGUGCCAUGAAUCGUGAGAAUCGCAAAACUCUUGAACAACUUCAGCUCAAGAAUGACAAAGACAGUGAAAAACUUCUGCUAGAGAAUAGAAAGCUAAAAGGAGAUAACGACCUGAAAGAAAACCUUCUCUCAGUGAAAGAAAAAGAAAUUAAAAUGCUCACAAACACCAUUGAGACUCUCAAUACUUCACUUGCCAGCUGUAAGCCACCAAUGCGAACUAACCCAUUCAUGACCAACUACGGUUUGCCAAACAUACCACAUACUGGUGGAACCGGUCUGAGUUCAACUGGACUGAGCAAACCAAUUAUGCCAUGGCCCGGGACUGGCUCCAAUGGGCCAGCAUUUCCCAGUCCUAAUGGUGUAGGAUCAAGCACAAGAUGGGGCAGCACAGGAUCAGGUGUGACAGGAUCAUUAAAUACAGCUGUAGGGGCGACAGGGACUCUUUCAGGUGGACCGGGCAGCAUAGGAUUAGGUGGGCCAGGAUCAAGUAGAAUAGGUCUAGCCCAGACUGGGACAAGUAGUUUGGGUGGAGUAGGACCAGGGUUGACAGGAUUUGGCAGUGCUGGAUCAAGCCCAACUGCAACUGGCAAUAUAGGACAAAGUGGAGCAGGGAUGACAGCAUUCAACAGUGCAGGAUCAAGUGGAUUAGGGAUGGGAAAACCAGCGAUAGGAGGUGCAGGUGUUGCCUCAGUUGGGUCUAACGCACCUGGAUUUGGAGCAUCUCUUGGAGGAACAAGAACACCAAUGGGUGGGAGUGAAGUAAGCCAAGCACAGAUAAAUCUCCAUUUGAAGGAGCUGCACCGUUAUUCACUCCCAAACUGAGGGAGUGAACAAAGUCCUGGCAAAACCCCAGGCAAAAUCCUAGCCAGAACGGUCUAUAACAGUUUGAAAAUAGAAAACAUAAAUAUACUGACCCUCUAAGUCUGUAAAGUGAAUACUAAUUAUUAACAUGAAUGUUAUUUACAUUUUGUAGGAUGAAGCUGAUAAUGUCUUUUGUGCAUUAAAAUCAUAUAUGCUUGUAUAUAUCUUAUAUAUAUCUUGUAUAUAUCAUUCACUA